AUGACCGACGCAGCAAUGGACAUCGACGCGAUGCUCGACGGAGCCAUGGAAGACGCCAAAAACGAAAAGAGCCGAGGCAGCCAGCGAUCACCGGCGCGAAGCAAUCGAUCGAGAUCUCGCUCCAGAGACAGGAAGAGGAGCCGCAGUCGAAGCAAGGAUCGCCGGCGCAGCCGAUCCAGGGAUCGUGGAGAUCGACGUCGUUCGAGAAGUAGGAGCCGUGACAGGAGACGGAGACGUUCAGGAAGCCGGGAUCGUCGGAGGAGCCGCAGCCGUGAUCGAGGAGGAUAUCGGCGACGAUCAAGAACCCGCUCGCGCGACCGCCGUCGCUCUCCACCACGCCGUCGUGAUCGUCGCUCGCCAGUGAGAAGAUCCCCGAGAAGAAGUCCGCCAAGAAGCCGCCUACCAGGACCAGAACGUCGCGAUGUGAUGCCAUUCAAUCCACGUCACUCGCCACCGAAAAACGCGAAAUUGGAGCUAUCCGCAGAGGAACGAGACCAACGGACACUGCUGAUCAUGCAAAUCGCUCGUGAUACUCGUCCACGCGACUUGGAAGAGUUCUUCUCGUCAGUCGGCGCCGUUCGGGAUGUUCGGAUUAUCACGGAUUCGAGAACAGGAAGAUCCAAAGGCAUCUGUUAUGUAGAGUUUUGGGAUGAGGAGAGUGUUCCGUUGGGAUUGGCGUUGAAUGGACAACGGUUGAUGGGUGCUCCGUUACAGAUUCAGGUAAAAGAAACUGUGAUUUUUGGUCCAAAUCUAAUAUUUCAGCGAACAUGCGCCGAAAGAAACCGCAUUGCCAACUCGUCAGUCGCCUCCACCUUAGGAUUCGUUGCUCCAGGAGGCAAGGGGCCGGCUCAGGUGCUCGUCGAGAAUCUCCACCCGAAAAUUGAUGAUAAGAUGCUGGGCGAGGUAUUCGAUUCGUUUGGACGCAUCGAUAAGUUGGAUGUGGAGAAGGAUAUGAAUGGAGAGAACAAAGGAUUCGCUGUCAUCACGUUCCGAAACGCCGACGAAGCUCAGAAGGCGUGUGAGCAAUUGAACGACUUCGAAGUGGCCGGACGUAAAAUGCGCUUGACGAUCAAACAGGAGCCAACACCACAACAAUCUAUCAAGAAGGAGGAGGCAUCGAUACAUCAGAGAUCGCUAGAUGACGUUGGAGAUCGUCAGGGCUUCUCACUGGGUGCCGGCGGACGUCAACAGCUAAUGGCAAAGCUCGCACAAGGAACAGGAUCCGGAAUGGAGCUAACAGCAUCAGCUCAGAUGGCCGCUCAACACGCUGGAAACUCGCAAAUCCCAUCAAUCGCCACACAAUGCUUCCUUUUAUCAAACAUGUUUGAUCCCGCGAAAGAGACCGAACCACAAUGGGAUCAUGAUAUUCGAGAGGAUGUCAUUGAGCAGUGUGCAUGUCAUGGAGGAGCACUACACGUUUUCGUGGAUAAGGGAUCGCAGCAGGGAAACGUCUACGUCAAAUGUCCAUCCAUCGCGAUUGCUCAUCAAGCGGUAAGCGCGCUCCAUGGGCGAUGGUUCAGUGGAAAAGUGAUUACGGCGAACUACGUGCCCGUCAACUCGUACCACGAUCUGUUUCCGGACGCGGUUCAUGCACGACUUCCACUGUCAACACGGAAUGUCGUCCCACCACCACAGGUUCCCAUGAUGACUGUACCACAACAGCAGGUUAUGGCUAAUGGAUACGGCUACGGAAUGAUUCCAGGACAAGGAGCCGCACCAGCACAAGCACCAUACGGAGGAGCCGGUGGAUACUAUCAAUAA